AUGGACCAUGAGCGGGUAAGGCUAACUCUAAACUCAUCUCCCUCGCUGGCGUAGUGGCAGUCGUUCUCUGGGGAUAAACUAUCACGCAUUUAGUUUCCAGCUGUGCACACUUGGAAAUGCAGUGAGUGACCGAUCUCAUGAAAUGUUGGCCGAAAUUCUGAAAUUCCUUUACGAUUAGGAGGGAUUACGUAGGUGGGGUUGUAAUAUUGAUUAGCGUGCGGCAUAAUCCUAUAGCAUUUCGAACUCUCCAGGAUGAUGGCUUUUGGAUGCACUCCUUCUUGACCUGCAGAAACCGUACUCGUUAAAAAAAUUACUACUAAAGUUGCAUGCAUUUAUCCUAUGGAUUUCCGGCGGUCUUAUAAAUUCAAAUAGAUUUUAUAGAAAACGUGCACAGAAUAAGCUUCUUCUCGCCAUUUGGUAGAAAAUGAUAUUGUCUUCGCAUUUUAUGCACGAAGAAAGUGUAUAUUUAGGUUUUAAAAGUCUCCCAAUUCCCGAAUAUUUUUGAGCCUGAUCUGCCAUUGCAUCAGUGUUCAGCGAUUUCAGUCAACAAGGUGCAUGCUUUCCGCGUAAGGAAAACCAUAUAUUCCUCUAUGCCUUUAAGAAGAUACCACAUAGAGUUCAUAAAGUUUCGCAAUUGGUCCGGACUGUGUUGUACAUUUCAUGAGGAGCAGUGGUAAACGGACAUGCGCGGUCCUGUACGCAUGGACAUCGCAUAGUCUUAAAAAUCUCAUAAUUGUAAACUUUUUCAAAACCUAAAUAUACACUUUCUUUGUGCUUAAAAUGCAAAGACUAUCAUUUUCUACCAAAUGAGGAAAAGAAGCUUAUUUUUGUGCACGUUUUCUGUAAGAUAUAUUUGAAUUUAUAAGACCGCCGAAAAUCCAUAGGAAAAAUGCAUGCUACGUAUGUAGUCAUUUUUUUUAUCAAGCACGGUUUCUGUAGGAGGUCAAGAAGGAGUGCAUCCAAAAGCCAACAUCAUGGCGAGUCCGAAAUGCUAUAGGAUUAUGCCACACGCUAAUCAAUAUUACACCCCUACCUAAGUAAUCCUUCCUAAUCGAAAACGAAUUUCAGAAUUUUGGCCAACAUUUCAUGAGAUCGGUCACGCACUGUACGAGGCCUUCUCCCCCCUCCCUACCUGACAGUUCACCAUCGACUCCGACGAGGUCCGCCGUGCGCUGCACAACAGGUUGAAAGCAGGGACGGUGGCUUGCGCGUGAAUUAGUUAAUAGUGAUAUUGGACUUGCGAAGCACCCACCUCACUCUCCCCCACCCAAGACAGGGGUGGGGGACGACUCGGAUCCCAAUUGGCGCGACGUGAACCUGCAACUGGGCCUGCCACCACACCCCAAAUGUUGACAUUUGUUAUGGGGUGCGCAUUUCUGAUGUGGUCCCGAGUGUUGGUCCAGCGCAUCUACCGCGUGACCUGUUUUAGGGACAACCAUGCUAUCCACCACAGUGUUGGGCCCCUCGUGGCGUUCCCCGACAGAUGAUAUUUACCCUUUGGGGAGUGGCAAUUUCCGUCGAGCGUUUGAGGUAUACGAUUGCAUCUAUCACCUGGAAAAGCAAGGCUCAAACUCACUAGAGCCCCUGUUUAACGAUUCGAGAGAUGGACUUUAAAGGAAAUGCCAAUAUUCGUGAGAGCUCUUGAAGGCUGACGACACGUUUAAUGACUGCCGUACUUUAUUUGCACCGAAUUCGCUGCUUUCGGCAAUUGAGUUUUAGACAGAACUGUCGGGGUGUGAAGCGUGGCACUUUCGCCGCUACAACUUUCACAUCUGUAUUAAAGUUAUUGUCCUCUAACUAGCAACCUUUAGUUUUCGUUAUGCCUCAAGAACAUUCAGCCCUCUCCUAUGCAAGUGUCUAAUUUGUCGCAGGGUUUGUUACAUGAUAGGAAAACGUACUGUCCACAAUGUUCGGUGCCAAAUUCCUGCAGGCUAUACGUCCUUUGGGGGUCAAUAUCGGUCAUACAUUACGCCGGACUUGAGAUGCUCACGUUAAGGCUGAAUUAUACUACUACUACUACUACUACUACUACUACUACUACUACUACUACUACUACUACUACUACUACUACUACUACUACUACUACUACUACUACUACUACUACUACUACUACUACUACUACUACUACUACUACUACUACUACUACUACUACUACUACUACUACACUCGCUGUCAGCUCCUCUACCUAUGUCAAUAG